ACUUCUUCUUCUUCUUCGGCGGCUUAACUUCUUUGGGCGGGGGGAGGACGGAUAAUUAAAAGCCAAGGACAGAUGAUUAAAAGCCAAUCUUGCCUGGUGUUGACUGCUCUUACUUGGAAAAUAGCCCACAUUUUUUUUUUUUGUCUGUUUCGCUUAAAGCGAGUCUCCUGUGAGUAGAAAGACCUAUAUGAUAGCCGCUGCAGUUGUAGGUGCUGAGGCAGAGAAAGCAUCAAUAUAUAUACUACUAUCCUGUAAAUCACAGAAGAGGAAGAAGAAGAAGAAGAAGAAGAAGAAGAAGAAGAGAAUAAGAUCAAACCAGUAUGUCUGAGCCCCAGCGAGAACGUAUGGACUAUGAGUUGCUCGAGGCGUUGAGGAGAGGGGACGAGAGAGUCGUUAGAACAUUCUUUUCGCAGGAUACAGAAUCUUCUGGAUUUACCGCCGGCAGAAACUCCGCCCUCCACAUCGUGGCUGGUUGCGGACACCUGGGGCUCGUGAAGUUCAUCUGCGACAAAGAGAGCUUCCUUUUGACGGCGCACAAUAUGGCAGGCGAGACGCCGCUGCACUGCGCUGCGUGGGCUGGGGCUGACCGAAUUGUCUCCUACUUCAUUUCUGUUGCCGCGGAGAGCCACCUGCUGGAACAGCUGCUGCUCGCCAAAGACUGGGACGGGAAGACUGCCCUGUACGCGGCUGCCAAAGAAGGCCGUGUGGCGGCGGCGAGAGAAUUGUUGUCUAAACUUCCUAAUCAGCAGGCGGCUGCCGUCGACAAGAAAGGUGUAUCGCCGCUUUAUGUUGCUGUGCUGUCGGGAUCGCUCAAAGUUGUUCAGAUUUUGAUAGAAUCCCCCGCCGACGCGCCUUAUGGUGGACCGAACAGGCAAACAGCGCUGCAUGCAGCCACCAUGAUCAAAAACCCCGCAAUUGCAAGGAAACUGUUACAGUGGAAAUCAACACUUGCAAAGGAAGCUGAUGAAUCUGGAUGCACACCCCUUCACUAUUUAGCCCAAACUUCUAAAAGUUACAUGGUGUGUGAGCUUUUGAAACAUGACACUUCUUCAGCUUACGUCCCAGACGCUAAUGGAUUAUGCCCUGUACAUGUUGCUUCAAGCUGGGGGAGAAGUGAUAUAGUUCGUGAACUUAUUGGCCGUUGCCCCGAUAUGGACGAGUUAGUUGAUAAUGAAGGAAGGAAUUUUCUCCAUGUUGCUGUAGUACACAAUAGAGCAGAGAUAGUUAACUUCGUUUGCCAGAGACCAUUGCUCGUGAAAAUGAUGAAUGCAGAGGACAGCAAUGGAAAUACACCGCUACAUCUUGCUGUGGCAUCCGAGAACCAUCGUAUAAUGAGUCUUCUAUUGGAAAACAAAAGUGUGCACCCAAGAAUUAUAAACAAGAAUGGUCAAACACCUCUAGGUCAUGAAAGAAGAUGGCAUCCAAAAUCACCCCCGCCGCCAAAUCCAUCACCGCCACUGCCACCGCCAUCGCCAGCGCCAGCAUCACGGCCGCCGCCGCCCCCGCCGCCGCGGGCGUCGUCAGCGUCGUCGUGGGAGUCGCUGCCGUCGUUGUCGCCGCCGCGGCCGGAGCCGCCGAAGCGGCGGAGGCUUCUACCGAUUAAUUCAUUGCUUACUAAUCCUNGAAAGAAGAUGGCAUCCAAAAUCACCCCCGCCGCCAAAUCCAUCACCGCCACUGCCACCGCCAUCGCCAGCGCCAGCAUCACGGCCGCCGCCGCCGCCGCCGAAGCCGGGGCCGGAGCCGCCGAAGCCGGCGCCGCCGCCGCCGCCGAAGCCGGAGCGGCCGCCGGCGCCGCGGCCGCGGCCGCUUCUACCGAUUGUAAGACAAUAUCCCUUCCCUACAGUCUUUAA